AUGGAAUCGCAAUCAAGGGAAAAGAAAACAAUGAAACCAAAAGAAAGGAAAAAAAAAUUCUUAGCCACCCAAGUUGAGCUUUUGCUUGAUGAAGUGUUAGAACACCAAACUAUUCUUUUCGGCAAAAGGUCUGGAGCAACUGCUAAACUGAAAAUAUGGACCGAAAUAACCGAAAAGAUAAAUGCAACAUCUGCUAUAAAAAGGUCGACCAAGGAGGUCCAAAAAAGAUUCUGGGACUUAAAACGCAGAACUAAGAAAAAAUUUGCUACAUCUAAUCGACAUUCUAGGGGAACAGGCAGAGGACCAUCGACUCAAGCCCACUUAACACCUUUGGAGAUGAAAAUUUGUCCCCUGAUCAAUGCAGUCAGUGUAUCAGGGAUAGAUGAUGGGGCUGAUCUAAUGGAAUCUGAGGAAAUGAGAGACGAGAUGCCUAACACAGGGAAUGGAAGGGUUUCUCCAGUGAGCGAGGACAUGCCGAACCUGACAGAUGUUACAUGUCAGAACCACCCUCAGUAUCUCUCCCAAUCAGUUCAAUGCGAUGCAAUGGUGUCCUCGCAGCCUGAGACCACAUGUGCUGAAACAGUGCAGUGUGGGGCAGUACAGAGAAGUGCAGCGGUGUCGCCCAAUUCAUCCCAGUCCUCUGAAAGCCAGGGUGAAGGUCCUCCUUUCCCUGCAACUCGCCGCCACCCCUCCAGAGAGGACCGUCUAAAUGAUCUUGAAAGAAGAAUUAAAAAAAUCAGUAUGAGAAAUGCAAAUCAUGUACGGGUUGUGUGUGGCAUAGCUGAAGAAAUGAAACAAAUCCGUAUAUUGGUUGACCGGGGGGUAAGUGCCAAUGAGCGUAUAAUCCAGGAGCUUCACAACAGUAAUACAUUACUGAAUCGUAUGGUAAUGGCAAUGGAGAAAAUAUCCAACGCACAAACUGUACCAGAGCCCUGCACUGCCCCUGCUGCACCAGAGCCCUGCACUGCCUCGACAUCUACCACACUAACUACCAUCCAACGCCAGCAGUACCCUUCUACAUCCAAACGGGGUCGUCCCCGAGGCAAAGGCAAGGAACUUGCCGUGGCACAGCGGAGGAGCCCCAGGGAAAGGGAAGCCACCAAAUGGUUAGAAGAACACUAUGUUACAUGUUUGUAAUACAUUUAAUCAAUAUUCUGUAGUGUCAUUGAAAACACAAAAUAAAAACUAUUAAACAUGAA